CCCCGAGCAGCUCCCUCCCCCAUCCCCGCUCCCCCAUCCGGCUCUGUCGCCGCAGCUUCUCUCCUCCUCCUCCAUUUUCAAAGUGUUUCCGGAGGUCUAGAGUUGGGUAUUGCAGGUAAACUCAGGUCCCCCAACUUCUCUUGAGAAAUACAUGUAUUUGGAAUCGAGCUAGGAGCAAUGCACAACGGCAUUGUUUAGUUGAUGGGUCAAUUAGUAUAGCGAUUUGGUAUAAAAUGCAUUAAUGUUGUUGAAUUAAACGUUGAAUUAAACGGCUGCGGAGAAUGAAACGGCUGCGGAGACUGAUACCGUACAUCCAACCGCCGAUAAGUAUGUUGAAGAGCCACCUGCAAUAGUACGGAGUAGUUGUAUAGAAGAAUGGGGCGAUGGUUUGAGUCUUAAUAAACAUGACGAAUUUCCAAGUAAGAAGGCAAUUCAGGAGAUGGUGGAUAGAGCUGCAUAUUGUGAAUGUUAUCGUUAUGUCACUAAAAAGUCAGAUCGAAAUCGAUUGGUGAUAACAUGUUCGCAAGCUGACUGCAAAUGGGUAAUACGAGCUUCAAGGAUUGCUGGGACAGAAAUUUUCUCAAUAAAAAGCUACACGAAGAUGCAUACAUGCUCGCGGACACAACAAAGUGACAGCAACGACAAGAGAAGAGCGUCAGCAGAAGUAGUGGCAAGUUUUUUGAAUGAGGAAUUCCCAGGAGAUGUGCAAACUCCAACUCCAAAAGAUAUUAAGGCUCUGGUUAAGUCCAAACUUGGUGUCAUGAUAUCCUACUCCACAGCAUUGCGUGGAAAGAAUUUGGCUUCUUGUGAUACACGUGGUAGUCCGGAAGAUAGCUACAGGAUGAUGUAUAGCUAUUUGUUCAUGUUAGAGAAAAUGAACACGGGAACAAAAACUAGUGUGAAAUUGGAUGACUCAGGUAAAUUCAAGUACCUCUUCAUAGCGUUGGGAGCUUGCAUUGAAGGGUUUGCAGUUAUGAGAAAAGUGAUUGUUGUCGAUGCAACAUGGCUGAAGAACGGAUAUGGGGGUGUUCUAAUUUUUGCCAAAGCUCAAGAUCCUAACCGUCAUUGCUAUCCACUUGCGUUUGCUGUACUUGAUGGAGAGAAUCAUGCUAGUUGGACCUGGGUUUUUGAGAUGCUUAGAAGCGUUAUACCAGACUCUUCUGAACUGGUUUUCAUGAGUGAUAGAAAUCCAAGUCUGGUAUUUGCAAUAGCAAACGUGUACCCUCAGGCUCACCAUGGUCAUUGUUUAUGGCAUUUGAAGGAAAAUGUUAAAGGGCAUGCUUCUAACGUCACCAAAGAUGUAGUCGGGCAUAGAUUCAUGGAGUUGGGAAAGAUGUACACAAUGGCUGAUUUCAAUGCUGCUUACGAAAGAUUUAAGCUAAGGUUCCCUUCAGCUUACACGUAUGUGGAGGAGAAAACUGAAAAAGACAAAUGGGCAAGGGUUUUUUUCCCACGUGACAGGUACAACUUGGACACAAGAAACAGCGUGGAAUCAAUGAACAAAGUGUUUAGAGAGGCAAGGAGGUGGGCCUUGAUACCAAUGCUGGAUUGUAUCAUUAGGACAUUCUCUGAUUGGUUUAAUCAACGUCGGAAGGAUGCUGUUUCACAAUCAUUGGGUACCAUGCUAGUGCCUCUGGUUGAGAACUACUUGCACGAUCUAUGGGUUCUUGCGCGAACGCUACCUGUGCGGGAGCUUAAUAGUUAUGAGCUAGAGUACGAGGUCAAGGAUAGUCAUGGGAAGAUGUUUUUGACGAACUUGAUUGCCAAAACUUGUACUUGCAAGGUGUGGGAUUAUGAAAAGAUUCCUUGUCUGCACGGACUGGCUGCUUAUAUCUAUUACACUAAUGAGGUGGAUAAUGGGGGUGGUAGGAGCCGUGAUAUCAACAUAGUAUAUCAUGAGUUGUGCUCAAAAUACUAUUGGACGGAACUGUGGGCAUUGGCGUAUUGCAGGACAAUUUAUGCUGUGCCAGACAUGUCUGUAUGGGAAGUCCCGGAUCACAUCAGGGAGCUGAAGAUCAUACCUCCGGAUCCUAUCAAGCGGAAGGGAAGGAAAAGAGUUAAUAGACUUCCAUCUGGUGGAGAACGCCGUAGGAGGACACAGAACAAAAAGCGGCCUAGGCAAAAUUUUGGUUUCAAUUGGCUGUUAUUUGGAAAUGGUUCAAGCCCUUCAGAGCAGAACACGGCCUAACCACAACUUGUUACUCUGUAAUUUGUAUUUUUUUUGGAAAACUCUGGAAAACUAUUUUAUCAUCUUUGUAAAACUGCAUUGUGUUUCGAGUGUGACAUUAUUAUUAUGUAGAUGGAAACUUGAUUCGUUAUGACAUUUACUAUUAUGAUUACUCUAGUCUGACUAAUAAUUCAAUUAAACAUGUUUUUUUCAAAACUUUCUCAAAAAUUAUGAAAACUCUUACUAUCUCCAUAAUAAACCUUAUAGUUUCACUCACACUUUGUGAAUGAAGAACAUGUCACAAAAGAGAUUAUCAGGUAAUGUUUGUUUCCCAAAUAUUUGUGCAGUGAACAAGAUAAAUAUCAUGUUCAAGUACUAAAAUCGAAAGUAAAACAAGAAAACCAAACUGAAAGCACUGGUAACACUGAAUAAAUUAUAAACCACAGAAAGUACAACAAUGAGCAAAUCUCGUAAAACUAGUAUCUUAUGUAAAACUAAGAACAAAUUUCGGGGAGGGAAAUGAAAUUACAUUGGCGCCAAAACAUAUGAGGGAAAAUAAUUAUUUUAAUUAUUUUAACUAUUUUCAUUUUUUUUCUCUAUUUUCUUCCAUUUCCCCUCUAUGUCACGUCCCAUCUCUCUCUCUCUCCACUCCAUCCCUCUACUUCUCUCCCUCCUCCCCCUUCUUUACCGAGCCAUCUCUCUCUCUCUCUCUCUCUCUCUCUCCACUCCACUCCAUCCCUCAUUCCUCUCUCUCGAUCUCUUUCGGUUUCUCCCAUUUCUCUCUGACAGUAAUAACUGAAGCAUGACUCAUCCCGACGAGGAGUACAGUCACAUGAAGGCCUUGAAGAGACACAACGACAUGCUUGGUUUCGUGGCUGAUGCGCAGUACGGCGUCCCGACCAAGUGCCCGUGUGGUGGAGGUAUCAUUCCCGAGGUAUCUCCGUGUAACAAGUUUCCCAAUGAUUUUGAUACGCAACCUGGAAGGAGGUACUUCACCUGCAAAAACUUUGAGAAUAAUGGUCUCCACUUUCGUACGCCGUGGGUGAUCGCGAUUCAGGACGAGGUUACUAAGUUAGUAGACCGUGUCAAAGAGAUGGCUGAGGAGAUUGAUCGCCUCAAGGCUCAGCUUUACCAACUCCACCGUCCAUGAUCCCAUCUUGUUGCUCUAAGUUAUUGUUGUUCUAAGUUGUUGUUGUUCUAUGUCUUAUGAUGGUACUUUGAUCCAUGUUGCUACUUUCCUUCUCUAUGUGUGUGUCUUAUGACUCUAUGUGUGUGUCUUAUGACUUAAACUAUCUAUCUAAUGUUUAUGUGUUUUGUGGUUUA